GUUACCAAACGGAGUCAGUUGUAAAUCACAUCAGUCAUUCUUACUGGAAAACUGUAUCAGCGAGGACCAGUCAUGAAUAUAUUCCACUCCCUAAUAUUAUUUGGAGGGUUAGGGAUAUCUGUUUAUGGGCAAAUCCAAAAGGCCGACCCACUUGAAAACGUUAAUACAGACAUGGAAAGAGCGGAGGUUAGAAAAACUAAGGAUGGCUGGGAAUGUGCCGGAAUGAUAUGCCCCAAGUUUACGGCUUCCUGUAGGGUGACUAAGGUGUUAUACCCAUCUCAACUAAUAGACCACUUUCUUCUUAUCAUAUGCAUGGACAAAACCCAAAAGAAGAAGUGCGGGUUAACCCGUAGUCGAAGAGGCGAAAUAAAGGAAAUUUUAGAGGUGGACGACGAAGGAAAUACGGUCAUGGUAAAGAGAGAGGUAAUUUCAACAAAUGAUGGCACUGCGAUACCCUUGUGCCCAAGGAAGAAAUGAAACACUUGCAUUGAUUGAUCUGACACAAAAUAAUUUUAUUUUAUAUAUAUGUAUAAAUAAAUAUAUAUUAUGUGACAACCCAA